AUGCGUCAACGAUGCACCAGAAUCCUGAGCGUUCGGGAGGAUUGUCGUGCAGUGUCCACGGCCUCGAAGGCUCUUGAUAAGUCUUCAUUAUCAUGAGUUAAUAAUUAGUAAAUAAUAUAGUUUUAGCCUUAACUCAUGAUCAAUAGACUUAUAUUUGUGUUAAAGCAUGAAAAGUGGUUUUCAGUUGAUUAACGUGAAUUUUUGGGUAAUUAUGUGAUUUUAUACGAUUUUUACAGUCUUAGUUUUGAGAUAAACGAAGAACAAGAAAUAAAAAUAAAAAUAUUGCAAAAUGGGGAGACCCGCCGGCCAGCCGGGCCCGCAAGCGGGUCGGAAGCGCAGUCGGGGAGUAGCCGCGAGCAGGGGCUCGAGCGGCUUGCUUGGAUCGAUAGGGGCACGUGUGCGCCACUCCCCUUCCACGUCACCGGUGGUCAGCCGGCUGUGGGGCAAGGAGUGGUCGUACACGCGAGAGGAUUUUGCCUACAAAGCUAA